AUGUCCGUCAGAUACAUCGAUGUUUUAUCUACACCUCAACGGUUUCAGCGCUCCGGAGUCAGUUUUCGAGAAAUAUCAUACCAGGUGCUUGAGGAGAUGCGUAAUGUAAAUACCUUGGUUUUUGAUGAAGACGAGACGGAGGUCGUCCCAUUUUUCAUGGUAGGUUGUUUCCCAGUUUUUAAUUGAUGUUUAGAGCAAAUGCAGGACAGUCUGUUUCUCGUGGAGGAUAUUUUGUUUGAUGAGCUGCGUGGGAAGGAUAAUAUAUUUUUAUGGGAUUAAAAGGGAAAUUCGGCAAUCCACUUACGUAAUAAGGUUCUCGUUAUGUCUUGUUGGAUAAGAAGAUUUUUUGGCUUGUUAGCUUCUGGGUUAGCCAAUAAUUUGAACUCUCUCAUGUGCAAGGUCUAAGAAUCUCAAAAGCAGAUAGUGGAAUAUUUUGAAUUUUUAGGUGUAAGAAUUUAUGAAGAAGCUGUGAUGUCGGAUGAAUCUAUUGACACAAGAUGCACAUUAUGAAUGAAUUUUUAAAUAGGGAAUUCCGCUUUUCGAACGUCUUACUCUUCCUAAACUAUUUUUUCCUAUAAUUUGGUUGUUUUGAUGCCGCAAGAACUCGGCUAAAUCCCUCGUCUUGACGGUUGUUUAUGUUGUGUCCAUAUAGAAGGCAUUAUUGCUUCGGAGUUUUUGUCUACUCCCCACUGACCUCACUAAUUCUGCCUCUCUUUCCUUUCAUUUCGAAAUCGACUCGAUUCCGCAGGGAAAAUGGGGGAAAUGCUUGGAAUUCCUAGUUCUUUCCGCUUUUAUAAACUUUCCCAGUCGUUAUAGAGGGUGCCUCGUGCUUCAGAUAUGAUUAAUUUGGUUUUCAACACCUAGCUUUGGUGUUCGGACCUUGUUUUAGUUGUUCUGAACGACUUGCUUUCAAAUUAACUCGGCCUUUCAAACAAACGGAGACAUCUAGUUGAAGGCUAAUGUGAUUGCGUGUAAUUUGGAGGGGUUUGAGGUGAGUAUAGAGGUGAGAAAAGAGGUUCGGGUAACUGUUUACUAACGUCAAGUGCAAGAUGAAGAUGAAUAGGAGCUUUGAUCGGGGUUUAUGCGGUCGGAAAGUGAGAAGUAGUGUUACUGUUUCAAGUCAGUCGUCUGUUUUUUGUGGUAUGGAUGGUUUCGAACAGCUUGUUUCAAAACAUUCAUACCCCUUGUGAAUUACAUCCGAUUUGCUCAUGAAAAACAUUGUGUAUCAUGAACAGAAUAACUGAAUUGUGUCAAAUUCUAUUGUGUUUAUCAGCUUGAGUUCCAAAGUUUGUCACCGCUUAUCGCACUUUUGAAGAGGAAAAACAUUGAAAAUAGAUAUUUUUCGUAAGAGUUGACCAACAAAAGGAGCAGAAAAGCUUUUUAUGUUGGAUCAGCUGUCAGCUAAGGUUUUUUAUGGGAGGGCAGGGUUGCGUUGACUCCGAAUGUAGCGAAACUUUAAUCAAGUAUAAGCGGAAAGGAGGCAUAAUUGCUGUUCAUGGAUGUCCGUAAUGUUUCUUUUGUCGGAAGAAUUGGAUGAUUGAUGGUAAAGAGAGUAUAAGGUGUCAGAAUUGCUUUCUUAAUAACGUUUUCUGCGUGCAAUGAUUUUUUGAGGGUCUUUUUAGACUUUUAUACCUUGUACUGGGUUGAAUUAUGUUUAAUUUUAUAUGUGACCGAGGGGGAUAUUGUUGGUUUAAAUCAAAAACAUCUGUUGACAGAUGAUCUAGAGAUUAUUUGGAAGUUUUUGCAAAAACUCGACAUCCAGUUUGAAGGAAUUAUGACCUGAAUGAUGCUAGAUGACAUAAGUCAAAAAUUUUCCUUGCUAAUGGAAAAGCGAAGUUUAUAUUCGAACUAUUUUGUUGUGUUUCUUUCGUAUAAUUUUUAAAAUCUGAUAUCUUUUUACGACCAAAGAAAUGAAAUAUUUACCACAAUGUUAUUGCAGCCGCGUUCCAUUUACUCCAAUAAGGCUUCUUAAAUGCCGUUAGGUUAAUUUCGACCCGCUUUUUACCCAUCCCCUUUGUUCUACUCACCCAAAUCCCCGCGGUUCGUUUCCGUCGGCCAAAGGUCUUUUCCCUUUUUCCAGGCCAAGUCUCGGUUCUUUUUGGCCUCGGGCGUUUGGAGACAAAUUUCUCUUUUUCGCCGCCGUUGAAUUCUCCAUUUUGAUGUUUUUGAUUUGGAAUUCAAAUUGGGAGCGGAUUUGGAGUGGAAUCUGGGUUAAUUUUGGUGGAUUUCAAGGCGAUUUAGGUUGCAAAAUAAAGAAAAUUUGGUGAAAUUGAUUAGGAAGCCCAUUUGAAUAUCGAAUUAGUUAAUUUUCGGUUCGAUUUCAGGGUUUAAAAAGGGAUUUUGAAGGAUGAAGUUUGAUUUUUCGUCCUUUUCUUUGUCUUCUUUGGUGUUUUUUAUAUGUUUUUCAAAAUUUAGUUAUCGUUCUUCCGCAAUGAUGUCUAAAUUUAGGGAAGCGGGUAACAAUACCAAAUUGUGAUGCCCUGAGGGAUUCCCUGCCAUUCUGUUCGAAUAGUCACGCGUAAUUUAUCCCGAAACAAAAGCGAAAACUGUUUUUUGUUGAUCCGAAUCCAUGCGUAUUACACGGUUUUCGGUACGUUAAAUGACCACAAAUCUCUCGAAAUCCCCCAAAGUGUACAGAAGAAUCCGCGCAUCGUUUAGGAACCUUGUCGAUGCGCUUUUCGUUUCGAUUCCGGACGUCGAAUAACAGUUGAAGAACGAUGCAUCGCGAUGUUUGGAAACCUGAGGGGGCUAAGCGGGAUAAUCGAAAAUUAGGCGAUGAUUUUAGUGAAAGGGGAUAUUUAAGUGUUUGCAUUGAGAGGGAAAGCUAUAAGAAUGGAUGAUUUAUAGGAUUUCCGGAAGUUUUUAUAUUGUUUUUGAGGAUUAUGGAUUGGAUGUCAUGAAAAAAAAAUAGAAAAUACUUGCGAUUUUGGAUGUUGGACUAGGUAAAAUGGAGUGGAAAUUGACGAAAAACGUUGAUCAUUUAAUAUUUACUUGUGAGGCAGCACUAAUUCACGUGAAAUCCCCGAAUUAAUAAAGAAUUUCUCCUUCCCCACCAAAAAGAUGACCAAUAAUUUUCUCGAUCCAAGCGAAUUUGAUAACAUGGCCUUAACACGAAUUAGUUUGUGGCUCGUUUUGAGGGAAAUGAAUAGGAAUUGGGGUCGGAUGGACGAAAGAACACACUUCGCUAACGUUUUUUUGCAAACCUCGAAUUGACAGGUAGUUCAGUUCAAGGUCAAUUUGCGAAGGAUGUUUUGCACGAUUUUUUUGCGGAUUUAAGAGGGUUUUGUUGUCAUGACGACUAAAAAUAUGAAUUUCUUGAAUGUAAACAACAGAAUGGACGGGAAUAAAUGGAUAUCGGAUAUUGAGAUUUUUGGCCUUUUGAAAGUGUUUUUUGGCCUGGUUGAACGAAAAAUUGAUGUUUUUGUGUUAGAACCGGGCUUGUUUUCUAAGGAAUUCUGAAUGUUCUUCUCUAAAAUGUGUAAAAAGGUAUUGGAAAUGAGAGAAGAGUGCUUGUUCUUAAAGUUAGCGCAAAAUUUUUAUGAUUUUGCCCACCUUUUAUUCUUUUGAUCUCAUGCGCGUUCCUCACCCCGUCUUUUGACCAUCCAUCCCAUUCAGAACCUCUUUGGAAUCUCCAUUUUUGUGGAUCAUGAGUAAAGAAAAAGAAAGAAGAUCGCACGACCCCAAAAGCGAACGACUCAAAUCUUGGGUUUACAAUCCAAACUUUGCUCUCUUUUCUCGCUUUGUUUUGAAGGCGCGUAAGCCCAUUUCCGAAUUCUUUUCGAACGCAUUGGGAUGAGUCAGGACGCGAGCCAGCCGGGCUACCCUUUGAGCUUGUAAGGGGAAGCAACGGGUUCUUGUGAGGGGUGUAAAGUAAGGGAAGAUCGCGAAAUUCUUGAGAUUAAAGUCUGCAGUGUUAAUCCAAGGAAAAUGCAAAAUUUACGUAUUUUUUGCGACGGGCCCAAUUUGCCGAUUUUUGUCCAAUAUCAAUUUCUGAACUGAAUUCUUCUGUUUGCGGUACACGGAUAAAUAAGAUUUAUAAGUCACCAUAUUCAAAUUUUGAGACUUAUUUUAUGAAGAUUUCAGGACGAUAUGACGAUGUUAGAUGAGAACAUCGAGCAGACGCGUCAAUGUUAUCAAGGCCUGGAAGCUCUCAAAAAAGACAUCGAAUGCACAAAAGACCGAACCGCUCAAGAUUCAUCCAUCGACGAUGAACUUCGCCGAGAGAAACUUCAUAAAUAUGACGAAGAGCUUUCUCGAGUCGAAACUGGAAUUAUGGAUGCUAAAGUAAGUCGGUUCGAAGUUCUUGUCGGUUUUACGUUUAGGUCAGACAUACAGUUGAGAUAUUUUAUUGAAAAGUAUCGCCUGGACGUAGGCAAAAGAGUUUUUGAAAUUUUUUCGUUAAAAUCGCUUUUGGUAGGUGCUAAACAAAAACGAAUAAUAGCUUUCUUUAAAAUUUGCUGUAUCCAUAUUUAUGCAAAAAAUUCAACAUCGAAAAAUUUGUAGGUCCACGGCCUUUUCAGCGCACAAAAAGUCGUAUUUUAAAUGAUUUUAUUUUUAGUUCAAUAUGGAGCUAUUCGUUUACAUCCAAGCCCUUGAAGCCGAGAAACAAAAGAGUAAUGCGUUGGUCAAACGUCUUCGCGAUGAGAAUGCGUGGCUAGUGGAGGAAUUAGCGACUUCUCAAAAGAAAUGCCAGAAGUUGGACCUCGAAAUCAUCGAUUUGAAACAAGAUCUAGAGAACUUCAAAUACCUCCAUUCCCUUGAGAAGUUCGAUGAAUCCAAAGAGGACUAUGAUUCUGGACGAGGCACGGAUAUUUUCGAAUAUCGGCCCCUGUCUCACACAAGAACAAUGCAAGAAUUGGGUUUUGAUCCAGAAGAAGAAGAUACCACCUCAAAUAAUCUGAACGUCCACUCUCCAACGAACUCAUUGACAACAAGAAGUUCGAAAAAUGAUCUUCUCGGACUUUCCAGUGUCACUUCGGCUUCAAUAUCGGCGUUGGAUGACGCCCCAACUGACUUGAAGAAUCUCUAUUCUUUGGUAAGUGUAAAAUUAUUUUUGGAAUCUAGAACUGUAAUAGAAGGAGGCUCAUGGAAAACAAUGGCAUUUAUUUUCAGAUAAACCAGCUUAUCGCACAAGGAAAUUUCGAUCCAGCCAUCAGCGCCACCAAAAAAUAUAUGGAGAGAGUGAAGAAAGAACGAGGAGAGAAGAGUGCCGACUACGCUACGGUAUUAUAUCUGUUCGCUAUUAUUUACAAGUGAGUUUUGGACCGAUUUUUUUAGGGAUUUUGAAUAGGAAUUGAAUAUUUUAAAAAUUUUUGUUGUGUCAUGCCUAAUAUACACUAUUUUUUAUUUUCAGAGAGCAAAAAAAGUUCAAGGAGGCCAUCGUCUUCCUGAAAAAUGCCCUCCAGAUCCGAGAACAAGUGUUUGGCGCGGAAUCAGCAAUCGUCGCAUGCACCUUGAGCACAAUCGGAGUUCUCUUUGGAAAGAUGGGAAGAUUUGCGGAUAGCGAAACUUAUGCAUCAAGAUCGGUGGAAUUGAGGAAGAGCAUACAAGGAGCAGACCAUCCGGAAGUCGCCAAGUUCUUGAUUACCCUAGGAACGGCACAAAUCGGCCUUAAAAAGUAUGCGGAAGCAGAGAACAGCUUUCAACAAGCUUUGGACAUUUAUGAAAAAAGGGGUGGUCCCAUGGAUCAGAACUCACUGAAAACGAAGACACAACUAUGUCAGGCAUUAAUCAAACAAGGAAGGAUACAAGUAAGGGCUUUACUUUUGAAUACGGAAUAUUAAUUUGAAAAUUUAUAUUAAGUGAUAUCUAAAUUUAUAUUUGUUAUAGGAAGCUGAAGUGAAAUACAGAGAAAUGAUCUUGGCCGCGCACCAGAAAAAGUUCGGAGCUCCAACAACAUCGAUUCUGGAUGUAGCAGAAGAUCGAGAAAUCAAUAAAAGAAAGGAUCCAUCAGUUGAUGAUGAACAUGUAAAAAAGUGUGUCCUGGUCAUGAAAGAAGUUCCUGGCGUUCUCCCGGCAUUGAAACAGAUGGCAAAUAUCUUCCGGAGGGAAAAGAAGUUUGAUGCGGCAUCAUUACUGGAAGAUGUGGCACAUCGGUCAAGUAAAGAGGUAGGUCAGGGAUAAUAUAAAUGUUGUUCAUGAGGGAUUUUGGUUAGGAACAGGUGUAUUAUUGAACUCACAAAGAGAUUACUGAAAUUUUCACCCACUGAAUUGUUUUUUAGUUGGCCAAUGUGGCCGAGGAAGCACGUGUGAGUCGUUUAAUGGACAUUGAGAACAUGAUUUUCUCCAGUUAUGACCAGUAAAGGUAGAUUAGACAUAGUAGAAUGAGGUUGUUUGGUAGUAAACUUAGUUGUGGUUGGUUCUAUUGCCGUUUGGAGAGUUACUUGUCACUGUUGGGUGAUUGUUUUUAUCAGUGGUACCAAAAUGUCAUGGAUAAUAUAAAUUUUUACUGAUUUUUGCGGAGUUGGAGGUUUGUGGAUGUUGUGAAGGUGCAUAUAGCUUUAUAGAUAUUGUAUUGCGUUUUAUAGUCGCUUUCACGAAAACAAUUAUGUUGACUUUAGCCUACCAGGUACAAUAAAUCUUUUCGAUGUUGAAAGCUUGUAGAUGCUGUGAAGUUGGCCUCUUGUAGUUGUAUAAAACUACUGUAGAUCAUGCUUGAUUUUUUUUAUACUGUGCUUGUCAAGUUUUAUGUAAAUAUUACCUAUGAUUUAAAUUUCAGAUAAAAAACAACUACCAAGUGGCUUCAAUGGACACGUCGACAAUUUCCGACUCAAGUAAUGGCCAGUAG